UCACAGGAGUUAGCAACAAAAGACUGGCAAGAUGUCUGAGAGAAAGAUGACCUCAAGCCGCAGGCAUUACCUAAAGAGCAUGAUGCUGCAGGUCGGUCAGCGUUUGCUUGAGGCUGAAAUCCAGCAGGCGGAGGAAGAGAAACAGAGAUACUUGGAGGAGAACUGCCCAUCCAUUGACUUCCCAUCAAGCAUGCAUGAACUGCAGGACCUGUGUAAAAAGAUACACCAGCAGAUCGACUCGGUGGAUGAGCAGAGAUAUGACAUGGAAAGCAAAGUUGACAAAGUCGACAAAGAGAUUGAGGACCUGAGGCUGAAGGUGCAGGACCUGAAGGGCAAGUUCAAGAAGCCGGCGCUGAAGAAGGUUCGCAUGUCAGCGGACGCCAUGCUGCAGGCGCUGCUAGGCAACAAGCACAAGGUCUCCAUGGACCUCCGGGCCAACCUCAAGCAGGUCAAGAAGGAGGUCAAGGAAGAGGAGAAUGUUGGCGAUUGGCGUAAGAACAUUGAAGACAAGGCUGGCAUGGACGGCAGGAAGAAGAUGUUUGAGUCUGAGGCCUAGGACAUUCCAUUCGACUGAUUGGACAACUUAAAAAAGCCACUAUGUUAAUGUGCUUUUGUCGUAGUCAUUUUGUCUUUGGCUGUAGAUCUGAUCAUGUUUUUUGACCUAAUAACUUAACUGUCAUCUGGUGAUAUACAGUUCACUACAAACUUAAACUCGUAACUUAAAAUAUAUGGUUGAUCUCUAUCCAAAUGCUUACACUUCAAAAUCUUUCAUUCUGCACUUCAUCCUGAUUCUGAG